AUGCCAUCUGACGUGAACGAACGCGUUGCCCUCAUCGGACUCGGGGCCAUUGGCAUCUCCUUCGCAGCUCUCUACCUAAGACACACAAAGAGCACCGUCAGAGUCUUUGACACGAGGCCUGACCUCGAACAACACCUUUCAACGGUCCUGCCAGGUUACAUCGACUCCGAAGAUGCGUCGCUGGGUAUAUCCCGCCUGCGCGAAUCUGGUCGCCUCGUGAUCUGCACCACGCUCGAAGAGGCAUGCAGUGGCGCCACCAUCGUCCAAGAGCAGGGCCCCGAGAAUCCAGACUUCAAGCAAUCCAUCUGGCCAAAGAUUGAAAGCUUCGCGCCUGCCAGUGCACACUUUUGGAGCUCGACGUCCGGCAUCGCUGCGUCAGUUCAGAGCCGGGACAUGGUGGAUAAGACUCGUCUUCUGGUGGUUCACCCUUUCAACCCGCCGCACAUCAUGCCUUUGAUCGAGAUUGUUCCGUCACCAACGACAAAUCAGAACGAGGUCGAGUUUACCAAAAUAUUCUUUGCGGAGCUGGGGUCUGGUCACCGACCUGUGGUUAUCAAAAAAGAGGUUCCUGGUUUCGUAGGGAACCGGUUGGCGUUUUCGCUGCUCAGAGAAGCUUGUUCUCUGGUUGACCAGGGCGUCGUCAGCACUGAAGACGUAGACACCAUAAUGGAAGCGAGCUUAGGGCCUAGAUGGGCCGUCCAAGGCAUCUUCAAGUCGUAUAACAUGGGCGGUGGGGUAGCUGGGAUUCAGGCUUUCUUAAACAAUCUUUCUGGGACUAUUCAAGAGGUCUGGGAUAGUUCAGAAUUGGUGAACUUCCAGACAAAGGAAGCAAACGAGACAGAGAGCAUGGGCAAGAACGAUAAGCCGGCGUGGGAUGCGAAGGUUGUGCAACAAACGGUGGAUGCGUACGGCCUGCCCGAUCCGGAACAAUUCCAGCAGCGAGAUGCAGCGUUGAGAAAGGUCUUGGACGUUCAGAGAUACCGAGAGGUGGGAAGUAAGAAGUAG